CUGUCGGAGAGCUGCCCGUCGUUCAGCCGAAUCGGAGAGGAACAGCCCCGAAACGACGGGGACCCGAGACGCAGUUGAUAAGCUUAUAAAAAAGGGGGCAGCAGUAUAAGAAGUAGCUGCGUCGCUCUUCGCUUCAUUUAACAGCGCGUCUCACGGCGGUUUGUGGGAAGGAAGAAAACGUGCAGGAGUAACCAAACUGUAGCAAAAGUAUAAUUUUAUCGGAUUAAUGUACGCUUGUUUGUGCCUAGUACGGUAUCUUAUCUUGAAUCUUGAUGGCACCUUGAUCAUCAUAUAAGGAACAAAUGUGUAGGUCAUGUAGCCUACCGGUUUUUCAUUGAUGAAAAUGCUUUUAUAAUAUUACAUUGUUGCGAAGAUCAUUGCUUUCAGGAAUGAAUAAUGCUCUCGUUGCGCGUCCGAGGUGCUUUACACCCUACCGGGGACAGUUGUCAUAUAUCUCUUAAAUAAGCUCUCACAUAUAAACCGUAAAGGUGAUAAUCUUCGAUAUUUCUUCACGGACAUAUGACACUUUUCAAGAACAUUUUAAGUGAAAUAAAGUGACUUCUUCGGUGGACAUCGACUCAUCUUGACCUGUGUUAAUUCACACUGGGAUUUAGAAAAACCCGAAACUAGACACUGUGAAGUAAGACAGUAAUCGGAUAUUGUCAGGAGAAGAGCGUCUUCGGGAGAAGUAGGCGCUGCGAGCCGCUGUCCUUGAACCAAGCGCUGGGAAGCGAAGUUGCCAUAAAUGAGCAGCCUUUCGCGGAGGCUCCACGUCGGGCGGCAAGAUGAGCGUGCGGCUUCUGCAGCUGACGCUGCUGGCGUAUCUGCGGCUUGCUAGCGCAGAGGGGGAUCCGGCACCUAUUGCCCUGGUGGAGCUGGUGAGAAGCCCCGUGUCCUCGGUGGAGGACCUGCGUCUGAUGCUGCUGACUGACUCCGUAGAAGAGGAUCCAAACAGUCCAUCACACAAGGACACACAGUCCAAUGAAACCAUCAGUCGGAUACCCAGGAGUCUCGGAGUCCAACCCGCUCAGCAGGCCCUCUGCAAAGUGCGGACAGAGGUGCUGGAGGUCACCCGCACUAUGCUGGAUCGUCGCAAUGCCAACUUCCUGCUGUGGCCACCGUGUGUAGAGGUGCAGCGCUGUUCAGGAUGCUGCAACACCAAGAGCCUGCAGUGUGUUCCCACCCUGAGGCACACCCGCUACCUACAGGUGAUGAAGAUACAAUAUGUCAAUAAGCAGCCCUACUACGAGAAGGCCGUCAUUCCCAUCGUGGACCACGUGGAGUGUCACUGCCAGAGGUCUGCUCCCCUAGUGGCUCCCCAGACCACACCAGCAAAACCUCCCGCUCAGAGGCAAACCCCCUGGUACCCUAAGGCCAAAGGUCACUCCAAAGAGGAGCUGCACCGCCAAGACGAGCUGAAACGAAACCAACAGGUGCAGCUUGCAGAUGGUGCCGAACCGGGGUUUGACUGGUCCAGCCACACCCCCACUCUGGGUCUGCCGGCCCUCAAUCUCACGAGGCAACUGGGAAGAGGAGGCAGCCAAUUAAUGCCAGAAGACAGCAGCACCCACGUCAUGGAGGAGUUGUCACAACGGGACUCCCAGUUCCCUCAUUUUGAGAUCUCCCAGUCACCCCAGUAUGACCUUCCCCUUUCCGAGGGACUCAAGAGACAGGAGCAGGCUCAUGAUAGCGCAGGGGGGGACCGACGCGGCCCUAAGCACCAGCUCCUCGAGAGCCUGGAAAGAGGGGGGGGUCUCGGCCAUCCGGCAGGGCAGCCACACAAGAAGCAGCGAGUGGUGAGCAUCGACGGUAAAGAGAAGAAGCACGAGCUGGAGUCUGGGCGGAGCCAGCUGCAGAGCCAGUAUCUUCAUCAUCCUCCUCAUCAUCACCCUCACCAGCAAGCCGAGACACAAACAACCACAGAGAGAGCAGCGACAGCAGCUCCCAGUCCCGCACACGCCCCGCCAGCUUCCAGUGUGGUGCACCCUCUGUCUCGUCAGGAGUCCUCCAGGAAGAAGAGGCGCAAGAGCCGAAACCGGAUAAGCAAGGCCUCCAUGAGGGCGCUGCUGAUGUGACAGAACCAAGCUGACAGGAGCAGUGAUGUUGCCUUGUGUUCUGUUCGGGAGCUGAAAGGGACCACCGUGGAAGAAUCGUCUCAAAUCUCGUCCAUUGCCAUUAGUCACAUAACACAUUUGUGCCUGCAGCUAUAGUAUUACUAAUGAUUGUCCAGUAGGCCCAAAAAUCCUGGAACAGCAACUCGCGGGUGGCAGAGAUCCACUCAGAACUUCCAGCAGCCCCUGCAGUGCUAGAGGACACCAUGCUUUGGGUUAAACUGGACUUAAAAGGGGAGCUGGACUGUGAAACACUUCAGUAAAUAAAAAAGGCCGUAGAACACACACAAACUGAGGAGCUCUCCCUGUGGGGAGAGGAAAGCCGGCUGUAAGCCUACCAGUAGGGCAAAGCAGGGGGCCGAAGGUGCUGAAGAGCGAUGGCUGCAGUCAAACACUGAUGGUUUCCUCGUGAAAGACCCAGAAGAGGAAAACCCCUACGACAGAAUGGGAGGCAGGAGAGAGGCAGUCCAGUAACCUUUAAUCACUUUAAUCGACAAAUUACUGCUGUUGUUAUUUCCUGUUUAGGGAGGAAUCAAUAACAUUUCAAAUACACGCUGGAUUCUUGCAGCCUGAAGCUGUUUCAGGAGGAGUAAUUUACAGAGUAUUAGUAUUUAUGGCUGCAGGCUUCAGUGAUUAUAAACAGUGUGACUGCAAAGCUUUCGAUUUCAGUUCUCAUACAUGCAGACAGCCAUGCAUGUUUUUCUGACUGGGUCACUGUGUCAGUGGUGUGUGGUGUGGCAGAGGAGCCCCCCCCCCCACCAGAGCCCUUCUAACACGAGCGCACACACAUACACACACACACACACGAUACACACUCACCACAGUUUUCUUCUGCAACAAGGCAGUAGACACUACAGGGAACCGUCACGGUAUCACAGUAUUUUUAACCAAGCAAAAGUUCGCACCUUUACCCAGGAUGCCUGUGCUCAGAUCUUGGUCCGCCUUGUUCAUUUCUCCAUUUCUCUCUGGAAACAACUGCGGUUCCAAGACAGGAGAGUGGUGACAGACACCCCCCACCCCCACUGCAAUACAAUGGCAGGAGACCUUGGCCCUCGGAGAAGUGACCAGCUCCCCCAGCACAGCCACCACUCUGGAAGGGUGAGGCCAAGCCCCCCUGCACAGCACUCGCUGGCCAACACUCCCCGUAAAGUAUUUUCUCAACCUAUUUUUAAAACAAUGUAAUGGGGGCUGUUUCAUCCUCCAGUCCCUACUGAAAUUAAUUAAAGGGUGGUUAUUUUAACGAAAUCAUAACUCAUUAAUGCUAUUUUAACAGGAAUAAACAUCACUGUUAAUGUAAGGAUUGUUUGAAUUACAGACUUCAGAAGAUGUUUCUCAUAAAUUGUAUUAGAUUAUAUUUUCUUCGUUAUGCUAGUCAAUAAAAUGUCAGGGAUAAUUAAACAUUUACUUUAAAAAUAUGUAUGUAUGUACAGUGCAGCCUCUACUGACUGAUUACUGACUCCUUGCCUUUCUCAUGACUGACUUUCGUCACAACUGUAAAUUGUUUUACAUCCUAAAAGGUAUUUAUUUAUUUAUUGAGAUGUCCUGAUCCAGAGUAAUUUAAAUGAUAGUGGCAUUUGAACAAUGCGAAAGGAAUGUAAUGGGGCUGAAACAAAUUCAACUUUAACUACUGAAGUCCAUGAAUUUAUACAGCUUUAACUGCUGAAGUGUUUCUGUUUCCUCCCUGGUCCUUCCCAGGUGGUGCUGUGAUUAAGGAGUUGAGCUUUGCAGCUGAAAGGUCAUUGGGUUAAUUCUCAGUGGGGAAUGUUGUAUUCUCAAGGGUCGUGUGUCACCUAAGUUAUUGCAACUAAUAGCAUUUUAUGUUAGGAAAUAUUCUAAGCAAAUAAAUAAGGGGCUUCUUGA